AUGGACACAGGCCUCUCUGGUCGGUUGGGGGGGGGGAGGGAGGCUGGGAGCAGAAGAUUUCAGCGGAUCGACAACGAGGACUUGAGCGACGGAAGUUUGAAUGGAGUCCCGGCCUCGGAAAAGGCAUUACAGCGCCACAGCUUCGUGCUGUCGUCACAACAUUUCCUUUUGUCAUGGUCCGAAUGGAAGCGAGCAGAGGAAUUGAUACCUGGCGAGGAAAAACAUGGGAUGCAGAUGUCGGAAUCCUUUCUUCUUUUCAUUUGUUCAUCUUCUUCUCUUCAUAGCAUGGGCAUAGGCGUAAAAUCGACAACUUUCUGUAUGUAUCCCAGUCUCUGUCGAGGAUUCAAGUUGGGUUCUGGGGGCCGUGAAUUGAAUGCAUGUUACUUGUGUGAACGUACCCGUGGACGUGCGGUCCAUGAUGCCUCUUCUCCACGCUCCGCCUCCCCCGUCAACUCGCCCGCUGCCAUCGCCACGGGUCGACCCUCGUCCCCUACGCCCCCGGGCGGACCCAAGACUGCGAUAAGACGCCGUGCGGCUGCCGACCAGAAGGACAAGGUUGCGAAUGCGAGGCCGAGUUCUACGAGAGCGGCGGGUGCUGGCGGGUCGAGCAGUACUAUGCUGAGACUUUACACCGACGAGUCUCCAGGAUUGAAGGUUGACCCCGUCGUUGUCCUCGUUCUCUCUCUGGUGUUCAUCUUCAGUGUCGUUGCGCUACACAUCAUUGCAAAGGUCACACGGAAGUUCUCCGGCUAG